UUGCACUUGCAGUCUCGCGGAUAAAAAUGGCUGAAAUGUUGUUUCCUUGAUGUGCUUGAUGGUGUGAUAAUUUUUCGUAAAAGUUUUCUAAAUUUUGUCUGAUAACUUUUGAGCUUUUCUCACAGAAGGUGUUUAAAAUUUGAUAAACAGUGUUUUAAAAUGUCUGAGAGUACUAGCCCUAGUGUGUUGAGUUUGAAUUUGAGACAGUAUCGUUUCCAGAGGAAACCUAAUGCACCGACUGUUCCCAGCAGCCCGGUCACAAUAAGAGCUUCUUCAUCUAAUUUCCAACCCACCAUAAUACGCAUGCCGGCACCGAACCAAGUGGUGCGUACCGGUCCCAUUGUGUACAAACGGAUAAGGUUGCCGGAUUCCGAUUCGGACGAUGCGGCGUCGCCGGCGAAGAAGCCCGGGCCAGUGGAGCUUACCACCGCGGUCAAAGAGAGAAGAUUCAGGAACAUGUUAGAGAUGUUCCCGGAUAUAUCGCCCAUGUUCGUUAAAAACACACUAGCAAAACACGGCUGGAAUGAAGAACGGGCCAGGGACGAGUUGCUCAAAUACGACCCGGAGAGUAACGACAAAGGCGGUGCGACCUUCUUUGCAUCGAGACCUGGCUUUUCUGGUAACCGGGUUAACGGAAACAUGAGUGUAAUCAGGGUUACGAGCGGGCCGCAGAGAGUUAACAUGGUUGUGAGGAAACCGAUCCAGACCAAUGGUGGAAGCAGGGCGAGGAAAGGUAGCAGUGGAAGUGAGGAUGAUGAUUAUGGAGUGCGGAAAGGGAAAGACGAUCGAGUUUAUGAUAGUGAUGAUUCUGAUAAUGAGAUCACUGAUGACCUUGGUGGUGAUAAGAAGAAAGUAUUCGAGUUUCUAAACACAAGCAAUCUCAAUGAGUUGUCGUUGCUCAGCGGAUGCUCGCAGAAGAAGGCUGAAGCCAUCAUUGCGCAGAGACCAUUCAAAGGAUGGUUGGAUAUGGUAGAGAAGUUCAACAACAACAAAAUGCUCAACACAGAGCUGCUGAACGCGACGCAGGAGUUGCUGACCACCAGGAACAACAUCCAACGGCUGAUGAAGAAGUGCGUGGGGUUGGCGCAACAGCUCGAAGCAGCCGUGGCGGCCGGGGCGGGCAGGCUUAAACAACCUUCUAUCUUGGACCCUAGUUUGAAAUUAGCACCGUAUCAACUAGUAGGGCUCAAUUGGCUGGCGGUGCUGCACAAGCAGGCCGUAUCGGGCAUCCUGGCUGAUGAGAUGGGCCUCGGCAAGACGGUGCAGGUGAUCGCGUUCCUGGCGCACCUUAAGGAGACCGGACAGGCGCGCGGCACACACCUUAUCGUCGUGCCUGCUUCUACGCUUGACAACUGGAGCUCUGAGUUGGCGCGCUGGUGCCCGGCACUGCGCGUGAGCAAGUACUAUGGCAACCCGGAGGACCGACGCCAGUUGCGUAUAGAGUACGCGCGCGGGCUCGACUCCAUUGACGUCGUGCUUACCACUUAUACAAUGGUGAACAGUUGUCCCGAAGAGCGAAAGAUGUUCCGCAUCACUCCCAUGCACUACGUUAUAUAUGACGAGGCCCACAUGCUUAAGAACAUGUCCACGCAGCGGUACGAUAACCUGCUCAAAAUAAAGUCAAAACACCGCCUGCUGUUGACCGGCACGCCGCUACAAAACAACCUGUUGGAGCUGAUGUCUCUCCUAUGCUUCGUCAUGCCGCACAUGUUCUCCGGCAAGACCGACGAUCUCAAGAGCUUGUUCCAGAAGAAUGCGAAAUCAAAAACUACAAAGAAAGCCGACGGCAGCAAAGAAGACGACGAGCCCGCAUUCGAACAGAGCCAAAUCAACCAAGCCCGGCGUAUCAUGAAGCCUUUCGUGCUGCGGCGGCUGAAGCGCGACGUGCUGCAGGACCUGCCCACCAAGACCUGCCACACGGAGCUCGUGCCCAUGUCUGACAAGCAGCAGCGGCUGUACAAGGAUCUCAUCGCCGGCUUCUCCACUAAGGAUGGCACCAUUCACGCGACAACAGAACAGAGCGGCAUAUCGAUGAUGAUGGACAUGCGCAAGCUGGCGAACCAUCCACUGCUGCUGCGCUACCACUACCAAGAAGGGCAGGUCCGCAAGAUCGCGGAGAGGCUCGCCAGGUCCCCAGGGUACAAGGAGAACAACGAACAUUACGCGUUCCAGGAUUUGCUGUGCUUGUCCGAUUUUCAGAUACAUCAGCUGACGCUGCAGCAUAAUUGUAUCAGCAAAUUCUCAGUGCCAGAACACUUGAUAUUAGACUCUGGAAAGUUCCAAAAACUGGACGAGAUGUUGCCACGGCUGAAGGCGGAGGGUCACCGCGUGCUCAUCUUCAGUCAGUUCACAAUGAUGCUGGACAUCUUGGAGCCAUACCUGGACAUCAGGAGGCAUCGGUACCUGCGUCUCGACGGCAGCACAGCUGUUACUGAUAGACAAGACUUAAUAGACCAGUACAACAACGAGGACAUAUUUGUGUUCCUAUUAUCGACUAAGGCGGGCGGGCUCGGCAUCAACCUCACCGCUGCAGACACCGUCAUCAUUCACGACAUCGACUUCAACCCGUACAACGAUAAACAAGCCGAAGAUAGGUGUCACAGACUGGGUCAGACGCGCCCCGUCACGAUUUACCGGCUGCUGAGCACGGGCACCAUCGAGGAGGGCAUCUACCAGGUGGCGCAGGAGAAACUUAACUUGGAGAAACACGUCACCGGCGAAGACGAAAACGAGCCUACAGAACAGAAGAAUGUGGUACGACUUCUCUCGGCGGCGCUCGGUCUCACGUCGCCGAACAAAUGAUCGAUGACCAACAAGCAACUGCUCACUUCCAUGCGCAAGUGCUUCAAAUGAACGACGCGAUAUGUUACAAAUAUACAAAUAGACCAAUAUGUUUGAUCCAGUGUGUGUCCAACGUGCCAGUGUUUUAGUGAAAUAGUUAAGUCGUUUUGGCAAGUGAAGGGAAGUGCAAUAGUGAUUAUGUUUGUAUCUUGAGUCUGUGACUCUGCAGCAUAUACUUUGAUGUGUAAUUGAAGUUAAGCCAAGUCCAACAUACUUAGGUAAGUUAUACACCCACCAACAAUGGACUACUAACUAGGCACUGAGGCAAUAUCAUUAUGCAGUUCGUAAACCAUAAAUCCUUGGAAUAACUGAUGGUCUUGUUGGUCUCUUGGUUAGAUAAGUUUAACAAUAGACCCAGAGACUUAACAAUGCUCAAUAUUUUUAUUUCACAUGAUACAUCUGACAAGGCCAGGAUAAUUUCAAUGGAUAAUAAGUAGUUAAUUAUUUAUUUAGCAAUUUUAAGUUCCUUUAAACACAGUAUUCUCAUUAGUUCAUGAUACAAACCCUAUCAAAUAAGCGUAAUAGAUUUUCACUUUAUCCUCAAAACAAAUACCUGGUAAUGUUUGGACAUCACACUGAGAUUAUAGGUUAAUAGUUGAAAAGAAUUUUUAAAUGUAACUAUGAUAUUGACAAAACUGCCGCAUGUCAACAUCAUUCAAAACUGACGCUGAAUUGUAUAUAUCGACCAUAGAGUUAAAUCGUAAAGUUAAGAUUAUAAUUGAUGUUGAUUGUGAAAAGGGUGUGAUUAGACGAUAAUUGUAAGUUGUUGCCGAAUGAUUAAAUUGAUGUUAUAUUUAUAUGAUAAUAAGUGUUUUUAAUGUCAUGAAUGUUUGAAGGGUCUCUAAAAUCCACAUAAAAAGAAUCUGAUAUUUCAUUGAAUGUGGUUUUGUAUUAACCAUAUUAACGGCUAUGUUAGUGUCAGGUAUGUAGGUAAGUUUGUAUACGCCGUCAAACUGUUCCCAAAGAAUACAGACUAAACCCAUACAAAUAUGUUAUAACUGACUAUUUCUGGUAAUCGGGAAGCUGUGAGUUAUCCUAUAUUCUCUAAUAUGAAUGUAUAUUUUUUCACAACUCAUAAUCUAAAGAUUCAGUAAAUUUAUAAUCCCUGCUCCUUUCUGUAAAUAAAUAGCAUCCAUAAUUACUCUGUUAUGGGAUGUAAAAAGAUCAGUUGAUCACAAAGUAACCCACUUGCUUAUUAAUACUGUAUUGAAAGAAAAAGUUGAUAAAGCAAUUCGGAAGCAAAAAAACAACAAACAAUUUGAUGAUGUCUAGGCAUCGUCACAUACUCCUGUCAAUUUAAUAACAUUAUUUCAAGCUCAUACUUUUCUAUAAUUUAUUAUUAUUGGCUAAACUAUUUUCGGGGGUUCAUGGUACCCAUAUAUAUAGACCAUAGAUUGUAUUUCAAUUGAUUAGUUACGGAGAUGUGUAAAACUAGAUAUUGAAAUAUUUUGGAUGUAUGUUGGGUUUCUUAAAACCGUAAGGCAGUACUAUUUUGCGAUCGGAACAAUGUAUAGGUGGAUUAGUUAAGUUUUUAAGUUCCUACAUAAAUGCUUUUCAAUAUCCCAUCGGUUAACUGUAAGGUAUGUAAUGAACAAACCUGCGAAUCAUGACGCCCCAGUUACAGGCCGUUCAAGUAUUACGUAACGCAAUUUUUCUUGUAAAGCGUUACGAUGCGUCACAGUGGCGGGAGGUGGGUCUAGUACUAAGCGUUAUGUAACGUUGAUUUUUUAAAUUUAAAACAAUGACAAAGGUAUUUUAGCGAUUUUCCGGUAUUUUACGUAAAAUAAUUGUGAAUAUUCCAAAAAAAAAUGUUCAAUUUAGAGUUACAUAACUUUUGAAGGUGGCCAGGGCAUACAGGAAAACGUUACGGCGCGUUACAUGCGGGUGUGGAGGGGUAAAAAUCUUCAAAAAUUGCGUUACGUAAUACUCGAACGGCCCCUUACGUCGAUAAUUGUCGUACAGCACUAGUAUCGUAAUAAGUAUAUAGAUGUUAUGGGCCGCAUGCCAAGGGUAGCCAUUUCUGAUUUAAGGGGUAAGGGAUGUAAGUUAGAGCGAUAUCAUUAACUGAUUUAUUCAUAAUGCUUGCGUCACUUGAUCCUUGAAUUGGGGGGGAUGACUAGCCCUUCCGUGCGGACUGUAAAAGAAUAUUUUAAUAUGCGACGAUAAAAAACGCCUUAUGUAAAGUAAUGUAUUUAUUAAACCUCUAUAUUCCCAUAGACUAGCCACAGACAGGUAGAGUAAGUUAUCUAUGGUACUGCUUUUGUGAAUAUGCUAUAGAAUAUGAUUUAUGAAUAUUUGAAAUAGAAAAGGGUUUAAAAAUCUGGUUUGUUUAAAACAUGAAUGACUGUUUUGAUAAUCAGUCAUAAACACACCAUAGUAAAGCAUAUAUUUUUUUACACAUAACCAUAUUUUUUUGUUAUUGAAUUAUCUUGCAUCGGUAUUUCUAUAACCCUAUAAAUACGAAUUCAAUAUUAUGAAACUAAGCUAUUUAUGCUGUAAUAACAGCAAAAUUUUCGCUUUUAAGUAGCGUCAUGCUUUCGUGUUUAACCUAUUCUCAAUCUUAUUUUAUUAAUGAUAAUGUUAAUUCUCGGUUGAUUUUGUAGAAUUAUUUGGGCGAUUAAUGUCAAUGAAGUGUGAUAUGUGAAAAACGAAAAGUGUGAUGUGUGUUGUGUGUAUACAUUUCUUUAGAGGGUAGAUUGGUUUGUUGAUGAAAAUUGAACUUUGUAAAUAUGUACUUAAAUAUCAAUACUCAUUGUGAGUUCCCUACACUUCUUUGAAUUUUUUUCAAAAUAUGUACUAAAAUAAUAAUUUUUGUGUCAUCUAUUUUAUGAAUAUUGUAUUUUAAAAAGCAUAGUUUUUUGUAAGUAUGUAAUAUAAAGUAAAGUGUGAAUGAGACUAGAAUUUAUACUAAAAUAUAUUGUAAACAUUACAAAGUAAUUUUACAUGUAUACGCUAGGUGGCGUUGUUAACAAUUUCAACAUAGCUAUUUCUACCCUCAAACAAGGAAUAAUAAUACAAUUAACGAUAUUAUUUAUAAAACCACGAUCCUCAGAUGAAAACACGAUUCAAUGUCCCGUGUUUCCUACAUUUAGUUUAUUUUUACGUAUUUAUAUUUUAGAUUAAUUUUGUUAUUUAAGUAGCACAUUUUUAAUUUAGUGUAGAUACAUUCCUUGGACAAAUAAAUUAGUUCAUUUUGUAAAACGCA